AUGUCCCCGUCGGCAGACGUCCAAGAGCCAGUCUCAACAGACCCCACCAUUCUCGCAUUGCGCAAGACGUUGUGCUCCGAAGACAGUCAACUUGCGCUCAGGUUUCGUUCUCUUUUCUCGCUCAAGCACCUGGCCACCCACUCAAACGAUGCCGCCUCAGCACAGGCAGCCAUCGACGCCAUAGCUGCAGGGUUCGCGUCACCGUCGGCCCUGCUGAAGCACGAGCUUGCCUACUGCCUUGGACAAACAGGGAAACCUGCCGCCGAGCCUUACCUGAAGAACGUUCUUGAGGAUCUCAACGAGGAUCCUAUGUGUCGUCACGAAGCUGCCGAGGCUCUAGGAGCCCUUGGGAACGCAUCCAGCCUGGAGGUUCUGCGUCGGUUCCGAGACCGUCCCGGCGAGGAGGUCGUUGUCACGGAAACCUGCGAGAUUGCAAUAGAUAGGAUCGAGUGGGAGAACUCAGAGGAGCGCAAACAAGAGAAGCUGAAGCAGAGGCAAGUUGCACUCGGUCUUUUUCAGUCUGAUUUUGUCUCGGUCGACCCAGCACCACCGAUGCCCGAGCAGGACAGGAGUGUGGAAGAGCUAGGCAAGACGCUGAUGGACACAUCUCUUCCGCUAUUCCUCAGAUACCGAGCAAUGUUUGCCCUCCGAGACUUGGCAUCGCCACCAGAUCUGCCAACUGCCGUCCCUGCCAUCUUGGCUCUUGCCCGUGGAUUGACAGAGGAUAAAUCUGCCCUGUUCCGACACGAGAUUGCCUUUGUCUUUGGUCAGCUGUCCCACCCUGCGUCCAUCCCUGCGCUUACAGAGUCGUUGAGCAACCUCGAGGAGGCGAGUAUGGUGAGGCACGAAGCGGCAGAGGCUCUGGGCGGUCUCGGCGACGAGGCCGGCGUCGAGGACACCCUCAAGAAGUUCCUCAACGACAAGGAGAAGGUUGUAAGGGAGAGCUGCAUCGUGGCACUAGACAUGGCCGAGUAUGAAAAGAGCGGCGAGACAGAAUACGCUCUCAUCCCGGAUGUAACCAGCGCGGCGGCAUAA